AUGGCCACAAACAUAACCACAGAUCAAUCAGCUCUUCUUGCCUUGAAAGCAAGCUUUGCUCUAAACUCUUCUCAUCCCUUCACUCAAAAUUGGUCUUCUCAAGCUUCAGUUUGUAAUUGGAUUGGAAUCAGCUGUGGCUCUCGCCACCAUAGGGUGACUGCAUUAAAUGUAUCCAACAUGAACAUUCAUGGAACCAUUUCGCCACAGUUGGGAAACCUCUCCUUUCUCGUUUCUCUCGAUGUGAGCAAAAAUAAUUUCCACGGAGACUUUCCUCAAGAUUUGUCUCGUUUACGUCGAUUAAGGGCAAUUGAUCUCGGAUACAAUAAUUUUAGCGGAGAAAUUCCAAUGUGGUUUGGUUUAUUUUCUGAGCUUAAGAUGUUAAUUCUUGAUAACAAUGCUUUCACUCAUAUACCUCCUUCUAUUUCUAACCUAUCCAAGUUAGAAACUCUCAGUGCUAGAUACAAUCAUCUUCAAGGCAAUAUUCCCAAAGAGAUUGGCCACCUUCAAAAUCUUAAAGAGUUGGUUUUAGUCAGUAACCAACUUACUGGCUCUAUCCCCUUCUCCAUUUUGAACAUCUCUUCCUUGGAGACUUUAGCUCUCACAUAUAAUCAAUUAUCAGGAAGUCUUCCUGUAGAUAUCUGCAGCCGUCUUCAAAGAAUCAAAAGCAUUUCAAUAAUUUCCAACCAAUUGAGUGGUCACAUUCCAGCAGGUUUAUCUAAUUGCUCAGAACUGUAUGACUUGGCUUUGUCCUAUAAUAAGCUCAGCGGGACCAUUCCACCGGAACUUGGAAAGUUGGAAAUGCUUGAGAUAUUAAGCCUUGGGGGAAACAACUUAGAAGGCAUAAUUCCAGAGACGAUUGGAAAUUUACGAAAAUUGCAGAAAUUGCAACUUGAGAACAACCACAUAGUGGGUUCAAUACCGCGCACCAUAUUCAACAUGUCAUCACUAUUGUUACUUAAUUUCAACACCAACAAUUUAUCAGGUAAUUUUCAAGCAAAUCAUUCUUGUUUGGUAAUCCAGUCUAGUCUUGCAUAUGGAAGUUGUUGA